UGCGUCGCAUUUGGCCGAUAUCGGAAAAUUGAAAAAAUACCGAGUUUUUUCCUAAUGUUCCUCUCAUUUAAAUUGUCAAUGUUUUUUUUUAAUUAGUUUAAGUAAAAGUCUAUAAUUGCUAUCUUCUUAAGUAAAAUCUACUGAGCGUUUUACUCAGUUAAGUUAAAAUUGCCGCUCAUAAGCGACACAUCAACUGGUAAGGCACCACAGGUCCCUAUGAAUAUGAACUCAUAAACUCCUUCUAAACCAAAAAAAUUGUGAGUCCCGAGACAAUGGAACCUACCACAACAUUUGUAGAAGAUUGGCUCUGCUAUGAGCAUAUUUUAGGCGAAGGGGCUUAUGGAGAAGUUCGCCUGCUGGUACACAAAAGAACUGAUGAAAAAAUUGCCUGUAAGAUCAUCGAUCAUGCCAAGUACAAAGAUGCAAAAACCAAUAUAGAAAGAGAAGUGAUGAUACACAGUAUGCUAAGCCAUGAAAAUAUUAUUAAGUAUUAUGGUCGGAGGCAGGAGCCGAAAAAAGAAUAUGUGUUUUUAGAGUAUGCUGCUGGUGGCGAGUUAUUUCAAAUGAUUGAGCCUGAUAUUGGUAUGCCCUCCCCGACUGCUCAGUUGUUCAUGAAACACAUAUUGAAUGGGGUGGAUUACUUGCACAAAAAGGGCAUUGCCCAUAGGGAUAUUAAGCCUGAAAAUUUACUGAUUAAUGCCGAAGGGGUAUUAAAGAUUAGUGAUUUUGGGUUGGCCACCAUUUUUAGAUUAAAAGGGAAAGAAAGGAAGUUGGACAAAAGGUGUGGUACCAAGCCUUAUUUAGCUCCCGAGGUUUUAAAGAAGCCUUACUUUGCUAAACCAGCAGAUAUAUGGAGUUGCGGCAUAGUUUUUGUAGCAAUGCUUACCGGUGAGCUGCCCUGGGCAGAAACCACAGAUAGCAACGAGGAGUUUCGUAAAUGGCGGGAGGAUGAUUACUUAUCAGAGAGUCCUUGGUCUAAACUGGGUAAUACAGCCCUAAGCUUCGCCAGGCAGAUAUUACAUGAAAUUCCAGAAAAAAGACUCACUCUGGAGCAAAUUGUUAAGCAUCCCUGGAUGCGGUUUAAUUUCGGGGAAGAAGAUCCUGUAGACCCCAUAGACGACGCGCAACCAACCAACCCGGCAAAACGUUGGAACUCCACAGUGGAAUCCGAAACGAAACUAACCAGAGACACCCCGACGGUAACCUUGUCACAACCGGCGAUGUUCCUCGGUCGUACCCCCUGUAUGGACCAACUGGUGAACGACCUCGUGAAAACGACCAGACAAGACCAGGUGUGCUUCUCGCAACCGGUGCGUAACGACGACGUCAUCCUGCAGUUCACCCAGAGUCGCGUCACCAGGGAAAACUUCGACCAUCUGGUCAAGAGGAUGACCCGCUUUUAUAUGGAUUGUAAAUUGGAAAAAGCGUUGGAACGACUCAGGUCGUUGCUGGACGGUAUGCAUUACAAUUGGACCCUGGACGCUGCCGGCACGGUGACGAUAUCGACGGUCGACAGGCAAAAGAACCAGCUGGCGUUCAAGGUGAACUUGAUGGAAAUGGACGGCAGGAUUUUGACGGACUUCCGGUUGUCCAAGGGGUGCGGUUUGGAGUUUAAGAAGCAUUUUAUUAAGAUUAAAAGUGGGAUUUUGAAGAGCGCUUAGGGGCCUCACGUUUGUUUUGAUUAAGUGUGUUUUUUAUGCCGUAUUAUUGUUAAUAAAAGUUGAUGUUAAACUGUAAUAAAACGAUUUAAAUGGUUUAAA